AGAGACGAACGGAGCCCCAUUCCUCGCAAGUGUCCCAACCUAGUCUUUUCAAAUCUGGCAUGCGUCAAACGUAUGAUUCCAUAUAUUCUCUGUGUGCGCGUCUGCGUACGUUGAGCGGUUGAUCUAACACCAAACCCUUAAACUACAUCUGACCAAAUCGUACAAUUCAUAGAAACUCCAAUGGCUGAAUCCAAGCCAGACCCAUCAAACUCUCUCUCAGGUGAAGAUGUAAAAGCACCCCAUGUAUUUGAAAGAGCGAAGGAAGAGAUUGAAGCAAUAAUGCAUCAUAAUCAUGAAUCAAACCACCAUCAUAAGGAAACUCAUGGAUUACGUAGUGACAUUGACGAGAACACCCCAAUUAGUGAUGUCAAAGCCCCAAAUGUAUUUGAGAGAGCAAAGGAAGAGAUCCAAGCUCUUGUUCAAACAAUUCAUCCAAAUAAAGAACCCGAAAAUCACGGUUCAUCCCCAAAUGGUGAAAAAAGACAUGAAAGUGUAAAAGAGGAAUUGAAACCAGAGAAAUCGGAUUCUCAUGCAGGAAAAGAUGCGAAGGCACACAAUUUAAUAGAAAGAGCUAAGGAAGAAUUUAAAGAAAUUUUGCACAAAGAGAAGUCACCGCAUCAUCAUCAUAAAGAAACUCAUGGGAUGAGUAAUGACAUUGAUGAGAACACCCCAAUUCAUGAAGUUAAAGGUCCAAGUGUGUUUGAACGUGCAAAGGAAGAAGUUGAGGCACUUGUUCAAACAAUUCAUCCGAAAAAAGAACCGAGGAAUGUUGUUUCCUCGCCAAAGGAGGAAGGCGGAUUCCGUGUGUCUGUUGGCAGAGCUUUGGAAAAGGUAUGCACCGCAUGCUCUCCUCGGGCCAGUAAGAAGGACUAAUGAUUGUAAGAUUUUGUGGAGCGUUGACUGUUUUUUAUUGUUCGUCUUGUGAGAAUGAAAUUACAUAUUUGAAAAUUCAACAUGAUCGACUUCCUCACAACGUAUUGGUAUUAUUGAAAGAUUUGAAUUCAUUGGUUUGUUUUUACCUUCACAUUGUUGGUUUUGUUUGGUUGACAGAGUUGUAUCAAUUUGUGGUUUAAAUUGAGUAUUGGAUUGAAAUGGUUAUGAGAAA